GCGGCGAUCCCGCGAUGCCGGGGGAGGUGGGCUGGAGACCCCCGAGUUGCUGCGGCCGCCUGGCCUCCAGGUCCAGCCCCUCGCGCGCAGCCUCCGGGCCGGUGUCGUCCCCCAGCAGUGGUUUCCCUCUCCUCUGCCAGCUGUUUGACUUGUCCAGAGGCGGCAGGCCCAGCCCGCCCGGAAGCUGCAAGGGCGUAGUGAACCCAGCCCGGCAGCCCGAAAGUGCAAGCCCCUGCUCCGGGGCGCUGGACUGACCCCCGCAGGACUUACUCCCUCACUUUUUGAAACUUGCAAAGCUGCAGCUGCCGGCUGCAUGGACAGGGAGGAAGCGACAGCGGUGUUUCCCGGCCGCCUCCUAACAGCUUCGUGCGGAAUCCGAUUAUCUCCUUCAGGGAUUAGGGCUCUGGCGUGGCGGGCAGUCCAGACCCGGCGCGAUCACUCCUGCCCUGAAGUGGCAUUUUAGUGCCGUACGCAGAGUCAGAAACCCUCGCUCCACCUUACCGGAAGCCACCUUGCUCACCACAUUGAACUUCAUAGAAGUCUGCGAUUCAUAGAAGUCUCUGAUUCGCUAUUUGGCAAGAGAAGCACUGACUGAUCUGUCGCUGUGAUUGCAUAUGACCUAAAAUCGGUUUGGGGCUAUUUUAUUAGCUUUGGUCCAAUACAUUAGAUUGGGGGAAAAAAAUAAAACAUUAAGACUCAGGCUAGAUGUGUUUGUGCAUCACAUAAAUUCGGGAUUUUUCCCCUUUUUUGGUGAAAUUGCAUAUUGGUGUUCUAGAAACAGGCUGAUGCAAGAAGACAAAGCCUGAAAACUCCCAGCCCUGUUCCUCUCACCAGCUUCCUUUUACUGCACUAGGAAGCCUUUGUUUUUUCUUAGCCUAGGAAGCAACUUCUGUGCUUUUAGGGGAAAUACGAUUUUUCCUGCUAUUAAAAUCUGACAUCUUUAAAAGCUAAAUGUGAACCUUGGGGUAACCAAAAAGAGGAAGUUUUGUGUGGUGUUAGAGGGGUUGUUUGAAAGAUUUAGGCACGAACAUCAUGAAAAAUAGUGUCUUGGACAUCCUUUAGGCUGAACCCUGUGAAAUGAUGAAAGCUCUUCAGUUCUAUUUCAUCUGUCACUUCAACCCCCAAAACCUCCGAAGGUCGAGGUCAGACCAUCUGCCUUGUCUCCUUGAGCGUAGAGGUGAUGUUGAGAGAAGUGGAUUAUCUACAGUAAAACAAGCAACACCCGUCCUUUCUGUGUUUCAGCUGUUCUUUAAUGCCCGUUUCCCGAGUGGCUGGGAGACAUCCUAGAACCUGCAAGCGGCGAAGGCCGGCCUGGGGAACAAUGCUCAGGGACACUCUGCAGUCUUGGGAUGAGAGCCGGCCGGAGCUCUGUAACAGUGACCGAGAGGAGGAAGAAGGGAUGGUUUUUGGUGAAAACGAAGAUGAUUUGGAAGAGAUGAUGGAUUUGAGCGACCUGCCUACCUCACUUUUUGCAUGCAGCGUCCACGAAGCCGUGUUCAAGGAGCGGGAGCAGAAGGGCAACGAGAGUGGAGCCACGAGAAUUCCAGAAAGGUCGGGACGUGCACCCCUGCUGCAUCCUCGUCGCGUGCUCCUCGACACCUCCCCUCCCGGGGGCCUUUCCCACUCUCCCGUGCAGAUUUUCGGCGCCCGUGGCCAGCCACCAAGCGUCCUCCUGAGUUCCCGAGGAAGCGUUCGGUCGCAGGAGCGAUUUGAAGCACUCUUUGCUGCCUAUGAUGACCGCGUUACGUUUCAGUCAUUUAAGAGCUUCAGAAGAGUCAGGAUAAACUUCAGCAACCCCGAAGCAGCGGCGCGCGCGCGGAUCGAGCUCCACGACACCGACUUCGGAGGGAAGAAGCUGAGGCUCUACUUCACACAGGUGCAGACGUCCGGGGAGGCCCGGGUCAAGUCCUACCUGCUGCCCCCGCAGCCAGCGAAGCAGUUCCUCAUCUCCCCGCCCGCGUCCCCGCCCGUGGGGUGGAAGCAGAGCGGCGACGCUGUGCCCGUGAUCGAUUACGACCUGCUCAGCGCCGUCUCCAGACUGGGACCAGGAGAGAAGUACGAACUUCACGCUGGAACCGAGUCGACCCCUAGCGUGGUGGUUCAUGUCUGCGAAAGUGACACAGAAGAGGAGGAAACCAAACACCCCAAGCAGAAGAUCACGCAGACACGGCGUCCCGAGCACCCGGCUGCAGCGCUGGACGAGCCCCGGCCCUUCGACUGUGCGCUGUGAGGCCCGCCGUGGGGUGGCAGCUGCCCGGUGGGCUUCGGUCCUGCCCCGGUGCCCUCCAGCCAGGCACCGCUGCUGGUGGUACAGAGGAGACAGAGGGAGCCGGGCCGCGUCCCACCUGGACUGCGGGCGUGGUAGCAUAGAGUAGCAGCUGGUUUUCACCUCCCCAACAUUCCAAGGGACAUUUUAAUGGCACUUUAUAUUACAGGGUCAGCCUCCGAGCCAUGGCCACCCUUGACCAUUUUUAGACAGUGGCAAAUUAGGAAAAAGGUGUCCUGGUCCCCAGCUUUGUUAGUUCCCAGCUCCGUCUAACAUGGCGUCCCGGAAACUGGACCUAGUCACCCAGUGUGGUACUGUUUUUGAGGUUAAAAACAGUCAGAAUUUUAAUCAUGGAGUGUGGCUCUUUUUGUACUGGUCCAAUGGCCUCUCCCUAGUGCCCUGAUCAGAGGGUAGUUUUACUCAGUAUGUCUGAACUUCCGUGCACAGAAAGAAGCCGGGUGCACAGAACAGUUGGUGGACAUCACCUUCCCUCCGUGUUCUUCUCCGUUCAUUGUGGAGGAGAAAUGCCAGACCCCUCCGUCAGAAUUAGCCAGCACAGACGCGUGACUCUGACCUGGAGGUCGGGGAGGCGGGACCUUCUCCCCACGGGUGAGCUGCCCGGGCACGUCUGCCACUCCGGGAAUGAGGGGUCCCCAGGAAGCCUGACGGGGCCUGCCUUCAGCCUGGAGCGCACCGUGCAGUCUUCACCCCGUGCCUGUCCCUGCAGCGGCCCGGCUCGCCGAGUCCCUGGGCUGUGCGGGCUUCGGUGUGUCGUUCACAGCUUUGAAUCAACAGGCAGGAGGGUUUCCGAAGACCCUUUUUAAGUUGCCCACGCAAACACCAAACACGAUCGAUUGGCUUGCUUUGGGAGGAGGCCCACCUGCUGUUUUCCUGUGAGCCAGGGGAGGAGGAGAAGGUCCCUGGUGCUUUCCUUUGUGAUAACAGUUUUUGCCCUGGCUUCCUGCUGGCCUUCCCCCCGUUUCUCACUUGAACCUCCUAAAGGGGAAGCAGCAACUUUUAGCUCUCUGGCCUAUUCAGACCCUGAAGUUGCGUUUUCAGGAAAGUCGCCUAGUUAAAGUGCUCUGCUUUUGCUCAGGGGGUCCCUCCCCCCGCCCCAGUGGCCGCUGUCUGAGCGCCCUGGGUGGUGUCAGGGUCCCUACUGCAGUAGAACGCACUGCCGAGGGCUUCAAUUUUUGUGCAGAGCAAAAACGUUUCCUGUUGUCUUCCUCACUCCAAUACGCCGAGGUAAACGCUGCCCUCUGGAUGUGCCGCGGCCAGGCCUCCGCGGGUGAAGUUCGCAGUUCCGUGAGCAAUCCCUUCGUCAUUCACCUCCUCUGUCGGUUUGAAUGGCAGCCGUUCGCUCAGUUCACUCUGCGGGUCCCAGCGCAGCAUUUUACCCGCUUGUCCUUCCAGGUUGGACCUUUCGCGGCAGGAAGUGCGUCUGUUUUCAACAGCGGGAAAUAUUUAAGAUUUCCUGAUUGGUAUUAUUUAUUUAUUAUCACUUCCUAAGGGAUUAGAACGCACGAUGUUUUGCUACAUAGCUUGUGUUCAUGCUUGACCUGCCAAUUAAAGAAUACCCUGUCUCUAAUAUGUAAAACUCAUUUAAGUCAAGUAAGUACGAAUUACCCACUAUUAUCCUUUCUCUUUUUUUUUUUUGAGUACUGAAUUAACCGAAGGCAACUUUGAGCCAAAAUAUGAACGAGACAAAGUCAUUUAAACUUUUCUGAAUGGAAAGUGUUAUUUUUAUUCUUUCCAAUAUAUUGUCUCCAUCAGAUGAAUUCUAAUAGAAAAAUGACUGAAUGCUCAGCAGUUUCUUCAUAUUGCGAAGUCAAGCCGGUUCUGUUCUUUUUAAAGCUAUUUUGUAUCCAGUUCAUGUAACUGUUUUGCAAGAAGUCAGACUUGGGAAUCUUUAAGUUAUUUUAAUAAAUUUAUCUGCAUUGUUUCUUCUUUGAAAUUGAGUUUAUUACUUAGAUUUAACUCUGAUAAUUCAGUAGCCGUGUUUUCUUAAGUCAUAACCUCUUCAUGGGAAUCAAAUUAUCUAGAAACCGAGGAAAGCAUAAUGGUGCUUUGUGUUAGGAGAAAACAUUUGCAAGGGAUAAAGAAACUAUUAUACUUAAUAGUCCACCCAAACACAAUGCUUUGGCUCUUACAUUCUGAAUUGUCCAGCAUACCACCUGAUGAAACUGGAGAUAAAGCCAUUUAAGAAGCAAAUUAGUGGAGCCAGCAGGUGGCAUAGUAGUUAAGAUGCUUGGAUUCCCACCUGGCUGACUGCGGUUUGAGUCCCAGGCAGGGUGGCUUGAAAAUCAUGCACGUGUGUGC